AUGCAGGCCAGGAAGCGCUACCUGCUCGUGUCUGUGGGGGCCGGCCUCGUCUUGCUCGUCUACCUCUGGGGGCUGCAGAUCGGUGACUUCCAGCCGCCACCGCAGUCCCAGCCACAGCCCCCGCCUCUCCCCCAGGAGCCCCAGUACGACUACAGUCAGUCCAGCGCCGAGGCGCACCGCCCCCGGAGGCCCCGGCCCGAGCCCCUGAGCCCGCUGCCCCAGAGGGAGCCCUCCAGACAGCCCUGGCACCGGCGCGAGUCCAGCCAGCAGCUGGAGCCUUACCUGGAGGGCGGGGAGCAGGAGGAGGACAGCCCGCGCCUCCAGCACCAGCACACGUCUCCGCGGGAACGCCGGGCCAUCCGCGACCACAUCCACAAGAGCCGGCGCUGCCGCAUGGAGACCUGCUUCGACUUCGCCCGCUGCCAGCGCCACGGCUUCUCCGUGUACAUCUACCCGCCGCAGCGGGGCGCCCAGGAGGAGGCGUCGGAGAGCUACCAGAAGGUGCUCGCGGCCAUCGAGGGCUCCCGCUUCCAUACCGCCGACCCGGCGCGGGCCUGCCUCUUCGUGCUCGCCGCCGACACCCUGGACCGGGACCAGCUCUCGCCGCAGUACGUGCAGAGCGUGCGCGCCCGCAUCCAGGCCACGCCCACCUGGAACGACGGCCGCAACCACCUGCUCUUCAACCUGUACUCGGGGACCUGGCCCGACUACACGGAGGACCUGGGCUUCGAGGCGGGACAGGCCAUGCUGGCCCGGGCCAGCGUGGACUCGGGCAGCUUCCGGCCCAACUUUGACGUGUCCAUCCCGCUUUUCUCCAAGGAUCACCCCCUGAAAAGGGGCGGGGGCAGCGGCGGCUACGUGGUGCUCAACGACGUGCCGCCCAACAGGAAGUACCUGCUGGUGUUCAAGGGGAAACGCUACCUGACCGGCAUCGGGUCGGAGACGCGGAACGCUCUGUAUCACAUCCACAACGGCGACGACAUUGUGCUGCUGACCACCUGCAAGCACGGCAAGGACUGGGAGAAGCACAAGGACGGCCGCUGCCACCGGGACAACGCAGAGUACACCAGGUACGAUUACACGGAGCUGCUGCACAACUCCAGCUUCUGCCUGGUGCCCCGGGGGCGACGCCUGGGGUCCUUCCGCUUCCUGGAGGCCCUGCAGGCAGCGUGCAUCCCUGUCAUCCUGAGCAACGGCUGGGAGCUGCCCUUCUCCGAGGUCAUCGACUGGAGGAAAGCUGCCAUCCUGGGGGACGAGAGGCUGCUGCUACAGGUGCCCUCCAUCAUCCGCUCGGUGGGUCUGGACAGGACCCUGGCCCUGCGCCAGCAGACCCAGUUCCUGUGGGACGCCUACUUCUCCUCUGUGGCUAAGAUUGUCUCGACCACCCUGGAGAUCAUCCAGGACCGUGUCCAGGCCCACGUGUCCCGGAGCGGCCUGCUGUGGAACGCCCUCCCCGGCGGGCUCUACGCUCUGCCCCAGUUCUUCACAGACCCCUCCCGCUUCCCCUUCUACUACGCCAUGCUGGGCACGAGCCCCUCUGCCCAGUUCACGGCGGUGGUCCAGGUGCUGGCUCAGAGCCAGCUGCAGAGCCAGACCUCGCCGCUGAUGAAGCUCAUCGUCGCCGUGGCCAAGUCCACCUUCUGUGCACAGAUCGUGCUGUUGUGGAACUGCGACAAGCCUUUACCCCCCGGCAGCAAGUGGCCCUCCACCAGCGUGCCCCUGACGGUGAUCGAGGGACGCACCAAGUCCAUGAGCAGUCGUUUUUACCCCUACGACGUCAUCCUCACAGACGCCAUCCUCAGCCUGGACGAGGACUCUGUGCUCUCGACCAAUGAGGUGGACUUUGCCUUCAGAGUGUGGCAGAGUUUCCCGGAGCGGAUUGUGGGCUACCCGGCCCGGAGCCACUACUGGGACAGCGGGCGGGCCCGCUGGGGCUACACCUCCAAGUGGACCAACGACUACUCCAUGGUCCUGACCGGGGCAGCCUUCUACCACAGGUAUUAUCACUACUUGUACACACACUACAUACCAGCCAACCUGCUCACCAUGGUGGACCGGAUGGCCAACUGUGAGGACAUUUUAAUGAACUUCCUGGUCUCGGCGGUCACCCGCCUACCGCCAAUCAAAGUCACACAGAAGAAGCAGUACAAGGAGACCAUGAUGACGCAGGGCUCCAGGUCGUCCCGCUGGGCCGACCCGGACCACUUCUCCCAGCGGCAGACGUGCAUGAACGCUUUCAGCGGCUGGCUGGGCUUCAUGCCCCUGGUCCACUCCCAGAUGAGGCUGGACCCCCUGCUGUUCCGGGACCAGGUGUCCAUGCUGAGGAAGAAGUACAGGGACAUCGAAAAGCUGUGA